AAACUGAUUUGAAGUCCAUUCUUCCCAUUUGCUAUUUCUGAUUCAAAAUUUUGCUUCAACCGCAGAAUAGUGUUGAUCGUCGGAAAUGACGCGCAAGUAGAGAAAGAAAAAGAGAGAAGGGCGCGACGUGUCUCAAAAUGGGCUCAGAAGAGAAAUUUGGAACAAGAACUGGUGGAUAUAAAGGAGUCACAGAGCCUAUUUCUACAGCGACCCCGACUCCCCUUGACUACAGGCUUUCGCGAGAACUUGAGGAAUUCCUACACAACAGAAAUUUGUAUGAAAAUAACAAGGAAGCACAGCGAAGAGAACAGGUUCUAGCAGAAUUGCACCAGUUAAUAAACGAGUGGGUUCGAAGGGUUUCCCGCUCACAAGGAAUAGCAGAAGAAAUCGUCAGUGAAACUGAAGCAAAGCUUUUUACGUUUGGUUCUUACAGGCUUGGUGUGAAUCCUCCAAACGCAGAUAUAGACACGCUAUGUAUAGUUCCGCGUUACGUGGAAAGAAACCGAGACGUCUUUGGAAUACCUAGUGAAAGUGGUUCCGUUCCUGAAGAAGAAAAUGUUCUCGUGAAUAUUUUUAAAUCGCAUCCGAAAAUUGAGGACGUAGUUCCAGUUUUUGACGCUCAUGUUCCGGUGGUGAAAUUCAAAUUUGCUGGCGUUGAAAUUGACUUGUUAUGUGCCCGUCUCCAGUUUAGCAAACUGCCUGAACGACUUGACAUCUUGGACGAUUCUAUACUAAGAAACGUUGACGAUGAAACUCAACGUUCUGUCAACGGCGUAAGAGUUACUGACGCUAUUUUAAGACUUGUACCAAAUGUAGAAACCUUUCGAACAACUUUGAGAGCUGUGAAGUUUUGGGCGAAAAAUCGUGGAAUCUAUUCCAAUGUAUUGGGGUUUUUGGGUGGGGUAUCUUGGGCAAUUUUAGUGGCGCGUAUCUGUCAGCUUUAUCCUCAUGCGGCAGCGAAUGUGAUUCUAUCUCGCUUUUUUCGAGUUUAUUCCCAAUGGAAGUGGCCAAAUCCAGUGCUCCUUACCAGUAUAUCUCCAGGAAAGCCUUCUUGUGGCUUUAAAGUUUGGAAUCCUGCCGUGUUUCCUGCAGAUCGGAAGCAUUUAAUGCCCGUGAUCACUCCUGCAUAUCCUUCUAUGAAUUCUACGCAUAAUGUUUCUCGCACUACGCUUAGAAUUAUUCAAGAAGAGAUACACCGGGGUUUAGAGAUAACGGACAAGAUCCUGUGUCAGUCUAAUAGUUCACGUAAGACAAUCUCCACAGAGGAUACUGAGAAUGAUCAGACAACGCAAGUUGAACAUUCAGAAGAGACAAAUUUAGUUAAAGAAACCGAAGUUAUGACGUGGUCGAAACUUUUUGAACGAACCGACUUUUUUUCGAAGUUUAAGAAUUACCUUCAAAUAAAUGUCAUUUCGGGAACAGCAGAAAAUCAAAGAAAAUGGCAUGGCUUUGUCGAAUCAAAGCUGCGAGUUCUUACUUUGAAGCUGGAAAUACUUUCACAUACUCUGAUUUACCCCUAUCCUGUUCCCUAUACAAGACCUGGAGUACAAUUUUGUGAAAGCUUUUUCAUUGGUUUAUCGUUUUCGUUGCCGAAGCUUCCAAACCAAAAUGGUUCCAAGGAAAGGAAGAUUGACAUGUCUGGACCAGUUUCAGAAUGGGUUAAUUAUGUUCUUUCCUGGCCUUUUAGAACAUCUGAUAUGGAAGUUUCUGUAGAGCAUGUCAAGCGAAAAUUUCUGCCUGAAUAUGUGUUUAAGGAUGAAAACCAUCGUAGUCGAAAGCGCAAAAGCGGAAUUGUAUAUCUAGACGAGAUCAUUACUGCAAAGGAGAGAAAAGUGGAAGAUAAAGAUGUUACUGAAAACGAAGCCAAAGCCAUGGAAAGUGUAUCUUGCUGAAAUAUCUGUUUUUCUGUGCAGUAUAUAUAAGAGAAUUGG